AUGUUCCGUCGACCUAUUCGCAUCGGCAACUGCUCUGGCGCAAUUAAUGAUGGAAUUGACCAGAUUUAUCGACUCGCGAAGCAUGGCCAGGUCGACGCCAUCACUGCCGACUACCUUGCUGAGUUUAACAUCGCGUGGAAAGCCAUAGAGCUUCAGACAGACCCCACGUUAGGCUAUGAACCAAAUUUUCUUGAGCAGACGCGGCUCGUCGCCGAGAAGCGUAUCAAGAUUGUGCACGAUGGCGGAGCGCUCAACCCCCGAAGUCUGGCGGAGAAGACAGACGCCUAUCUUCAGAGUAUUGGCAUCCACAACUUGAAGGUUGCGUGGGUGAGCGGCGACGAUGUUACAGAGAAAGUUCGCAAUGGCGCCUUUGGGAGAAUUCCUAACCUGGAUCAACCAGGCGUGCAACUGCGACUUGAGAACGAGAAGUUGCUGGCUGCGAAUGUCUACACUGGAUAUGCUGGCAUCGUCAGGGCUCUGGCAGAAGGUGCGGACAUUGUCAUCUGUGGGAGAUGCACGGAUGCUUCACCGGUUAUGGGCCUCGCGGCCUGGUGGCAUGGGUGGAGGACAACAGAUUAUGAUGCGCUGGCUGGCAGCCUCAUGGCUGGUCAUCUCAUUGAAUGCGGUCCAUACGUCACGGGCGGCAACUAUUGCGGUCAACGCGAAAUCCGGGACAUGCAAAGAUUGGGGUGGCCGAUUGCCGAGAUCGACAGCGCAGGUGGCAUCGUUAUCACGAAGCCUGAAGGCUCAAACGGCAUUGUCACUGUCGACACAUGCAAAGCACAGCUGUUGUACGAGAUCCAGGGGCCAAUAUACCUCAACCCCGAUGUCAUUGCUGACAAUCACGGUGUCAACCUCACGCAAAUCGAUACUGACCGCUCCUCAAAACCAUCGAUCGAUCCGCAUUUACGACAUUCACGAUUGAAAAAUACGGCACUGCACAGCAUGAUCCGCGCUCGCAAGCAGCUGCAACGGCGCAGUUCCGCUUUUUUUGCGCAGGGCACUCGGGCUGAGGCCUUUGACGACUUCAAGCGCGCCGUGUUCUACAAUGGUCUCCAAGGUUUCUGCGGAUUCCACGCGGGUAUGGAUUGGCGGACAAUGGUACCGAGGCCGUAUGUCAAGUACUUCCCGGCGUUGGUGCAGCAGGAUAAGGUGCCAAUGGUGGUGCAUUUCAUCGACGGCAAGAAAGACGCAGUGUUUAUACUGGCGAGAGACGCAAAAGACUGUGGUCAAGUCCCGACACAGCCGACUGAUGAGCCGAAAAGAGCCGCGUCGUCCUCAAUCAUGGGGAAGAUCUUCCCUCCCGGGAUGACGCGACGACCGCUGAGAGACCUCGUUUUGGCAAGAAGCGGCGACAAAGGAGGAAACGCGAACAUUGGUUUCUGGGUCAGAGAUGAAAGCGCAUACGCAUGGCUUCAAGGUUACUUGACAAGCCAACGUGUCAAGGAAUUGCUAGGGGAUGACUGGGACGCAAAGUAUCAGAUCGAGAGGUGCGAGUUUGUCAACUUGCAGGCGGUGCACUUUGUCAUCAAGGGCAUUCUACAGGACGGAGUGAGCAGCAGCAAUGUGCUCGACGGAUUUGCCAAAAGCAUGGGCGAGUUCGUCAGGGCCCGAGUCAUCGAGAUGCCAACUGAGCUUGUCCAGAAAGAAGCAGAGCGGAGGGGAAUGUUAGCGGCUCAUGCCGGCCGGCCAAAAUUGUGA